AGCCGUGCAAUAAUAGCGUCUCCCAGGAGUGGGGAGCCCCGAGGGGGCACCCCUCCAGCCCUGGCCUUCCCUCCUGGCUCAGCAAGGCCCCAGCUGCUCCCCAGCUUCAUCCACGCGUCUCUUCCCUUCCAGAAGGAAGCGGCCACCUGCAGGCAGCUUUCAGGGGGGCAUCCGGACUCUGCGGAGCUCGGCUUCAUCCAGGUUCCCCUCCACCCCGUGUGCACCACACCCCGAAGACGUUUCCGCCAUGUCCUCUGAGCCCACCUCACCCCCAGUAGUGCCACCUCUGCACUCCCCCAAGUCUCCUGUGUGGCCCACCUUCCCCUUCCAUCGGGAGGGGAGCCGGAUCUGGGACCGCGGCAGCAGCCUCCUGCUCAGAGACCUGCCCAGCCCUCUCCCCACCAAGAGAACCAGGACCUAUUCCGCCACUGCUCGGGCCUCUGCUGGGCCUGUAUUCAAGGGCGUCUGCAAGCAAUUUUCCCGAUCCCAGGGCCAUGGCUUCAUCACUCCAGAGAACGGCACAGAAGACAUAUUUGUCCACGUGUCUGACAUCGAGGGAGAGUAUGUGCCUGUGGAAGGAGAUGAGGUGACAUAUAAGAUGUGCCCGAUCCCCCCGAAAAACCAGAAGUUCCAGGCCGUGGAGGUGGUCCUGACCCAUCUGGCCCCCCACACCAAGCACGAGACGUGGUCUGGCCAGAUCAUCGGCUCCUAG